AUGGCGACAUCUCUGUUCCGUCCCCCAGGCCCUAUUAUCCGUAAGCCCUUGGUCGACUCGCCCACGUUCAAGGAAUCGUUGGCCGAAGCGCUUGUGGCUCUCCCUACCGACAAUGACCGCCAUAUUUUGAACGAUUUCUUUACCAAUUACGACAAGUUGUCGAUGGAAGAUGCUAAGGCGAUGAACGAGAUCCAUAAGAACUCAGUGGAGUACUGCUCGUCGUUAGUAGAAAAGGAUCCUACGGUCACCGUGGAGAAGUUGGAGAAAAUUGACGAACGGGCGGUAAAGUACCACCACGAAUGGAUGCAAGAAUCGGAAGCCAUUGUUGCUGAGCUCGAGUCCAUCCUUGCCAAGGAACCUACCACUGAAGGUAAGCUCCUCCGUAGCUUGGAGAAUCGGGAGAUGUUGAAGGCCGCGAGACACAAGUUCAUCUACAAGAACAAAAUCCUCUUCCACAAUUUUAUCUCCCUCGACGAAGAGGACAGAGUAAAGUUUAACCAAGCUUCUGCCGACUAUGAGCUGCGCCUUGAUGCCACCGAAGCGGAAUACUACCGGAAGUUGGACGGACUUGUGGUAGGGUCAUUCGUCGGCUCCAACAUCACGGCGAUCACGGAAUUGCGCCACGGCAUCCAGGUUGAGUUCAACGAUGACGGCGUACAAAAAGUGAUUCUUAUCAAGUUUUAG